AUGAAAUGCUAUAAAAGACUAAUACAUAAACAAUUUGUCCCAGUCUCAGGUCUUUGUGGCCCACAGUCUCUGAGUCAUUUGCCAAAACGUUUCAAGCACCUUUAUAGAGCUUUGUAUGGAGACGCCAUAUUGGUGCACAAUCAACAAAAUCAACAAAAACAUGUGAAGUUCACUAUUUCUAUAAUAGCUCUUUCUUUUUCACUCAAGAACUAGCAUACGUGCGAAUAACCAUAUCUUCUAAUACUUGAAAUGGUUAUGCUGCUGAAAAUCAAGAGGAGGGAGUUUUUUUCAACGAGACAGCAUUUCCAUUUUGGUGGUGAGAAAACUCGGAAGUUCAAAUUGCUCUAUUUUCGAAAUGAAACAUGUUAAGGGAAUGGAAACUUGUACAAAGAUUUACUUUUAUCUUUAACCUAGUGUAAAUAAGAAUUCCUAAAACCUCGCUAUUUUGACUUUACAAUUUGGUGACGUCACUGUGAAAGCCAUCUAUUGUUCAUAAUUUAUAUAAACGAUUUUCCCAAAUGUCUACGGCAUACAACACCUGGUAUGUUUGCCGAUGAUACAUAUAUAACUACAUCUCAUGAAGAUAUAUCCACAAUUGAAUGUUCUUUUAUUCAGUGA